UUUGACUUUUGUGGUAGUUUUCGCUCACUGCUCUUAGAAUUACUAGUAAUUGUACUCUGUAUUUGAAUGGAUCUGAUUAAUGAUGAAGAAGUUCAGCGGUGGUUGAAGUUUUCAAUCAAAUCUUUUGCAAGGAAAAUCAUCCCCACUUUUUAUAUCGUGGUCUUUGUUAUAGCCCACAAUUAUGCGAUUUCGUCAUGACGUUGUGCAUGCAUUUAAAAGCACCAUAUGAAGUCAUCUACAAAACCAUUGAAAUGUUUGAUAGGUUUGUCUUUCUACACUUUUGGAGUUUACCAGUUGAAAAGUGCAUAGAAAGUUUCGACCAACCUUUUGUGCCACAAAAGAAAAAAAUAAUGCUAUUUCUCUUCACUGUUUUACAGGUAUCUACAAAAUUAGUCUACAGGCACAAAAUUCUGAAGACGUCUGAUGCAGGAAAAAUAAUGCAAAAGCUAGGAUAUAUGUUUACAAGGAAGGAAAUACUAAGUUCGGAGUUAUGUGUGCUAGGUACCUUACAAGAUUCACUUAUGUGUCGAACUCUAGAAGAGUGUGUAGAAUUUCUCGGUGUUGUCUUCAGAAAUCAGGACAGAACAGUAAGGUUCACAAUGAAGAACCAAGUUUUGUUUUAUGUUUACUGUAACUACAACCGCUUGAGUAUAAAAUUACGAAAGUAUCAGCUUCUUUUCCAGUCAUAUACUCAGACAGUUUUUUUGCUUGGUUUUUCUAUUUUGCUUUCAUGUUUGGUGCUGCAAAAUCAGAUACAGAAACUGGAGUCUCUUCAGUCGGUCGUGAAGUAUCUAAAUAUUGUCAACGAACAGGACAUUCAGAAAGUAUCAUUUAUUAUUUUAACUUCAAUUUAAAAAAACUUUUCUAACUGAAAGAAGCUUUCUACUCUAAUAUGGUUUAUUUUUGUGCACGACAACUCGGUUUACAAUUUGCAUCGAUUGCUGAGAGAUCUCGGUGACAGUUGGUUUUGACAUGCAUGACUUUUUUAAAUAGUUCAGUUGUAUUCUUCAAGACAUCAGCAUUUAUAGCCUCACACUUGACUGCUCGAACUGUAAAAUGAUUUUCUGUACUCGUUGACAAAACUUGUCGCUGCAAAGCUGCUGUUUAAAUAAUUAUGACUGUUUUAUUUCAGACAGCAUGUGUGACGGCACGAAACUCUCAGCACUUAAUAUUUCAGCAAACCGAUUCCCUGUACAGAAUUUUAAACGAAA